CAGAAUCACCGUACCACAUCACUAGGGCUUACGUCAUACCCCUACCGCCCACUUCCACCCACACGUCUUAUCAGCUGGCGGCUCUCCCAACUGGUCCCACCACUUUCUCUCAUAUCCUUCCAUCUCAACCGUCCAUCCAAUAACCUCAAAAUCAACGGCUCUCCGUUAUUUAUCCAAAUUUGUUCCCCACUAUAAUUUGGUGUGUCUAUAUAUACAAAACAUAAUCACAAAGUGAAAAACAUAAACCAAAGUGAUAGAAGCAGUUGUGGUGGUGCCGGCCAGCCGACAAUUACGGGAGCCAAUGUGGGUCCCAUCACUUUUAUAAACUCAAAUCACCUCUUCACUUCCCUUCACAUCUUUCUUUUCUGUUUUUUUUAGCACCUUGUUGUGUUUGUUGUGUUUGUUUUCUCGUUCAUGGCUUCUUCAUCAUCUUCUUCUGCGAACCGUGAAGGACACUACAGAGGUGUUAGAAAGCGACCAUGGGGACGCUACGCUGCUGAGAUUCGUGAUCCCUGGAAGAAGACACGAGUUUGGCUGGGUACAUUUGAUACUCCUGAAGAAGCUGCACUUGCUUACGACGGCGCCGCUCGUUCUCUCCGUGGAGCUAAAGCUAAAACAAACUUCCCUCCGGCUCCGGUCCCCGGCGGGCUUUCUCUCGACCUCAACGCUCCUUCUACUGGCCUAACCACUUGGCCACCAGUUCCGUCACGGAGCUUGGUUCUCACGGAGUUUCUCCAAACCGGUAUUCUCAAGGAUUUCAACCCUCCUCAGCCUCCUCCCAUCACCGCCGUCAGUGGACAGAGACGCAAUGACGCUGCUCUUCCGGUUUCCACCAGAGUUCAGAUGGUUGAGAACUCACCAACAGCGGCUUACUUGGGACUUGUCCGACGUGGGAUCCCGAUUGACCUUAACGAACCUCCACCGUUGUGGCUUUGAAAAACCCUAGAAAAAAAUGUAGCGUAAAUGAAACCCGUUGACGGCGUCGUUUUAGGUUCUUAUCUAUAAUUAGUGUAAUCUUGUCUUUUUUUUCUCUUAUUAGCAUCAUAAUUAUCAUGAAGCGGAGUAUCCAUCUAAA